GCAAUGGCGGCAGCAUCGAUGAAAACGUCCGAUACCAGGCCCUCUCUCGCCCAGCUGAGACAAACGAUACCUGCCCGGUGUUUCCAACGUUCCACCCUCACUUCAUUAUCAUAUGUUGCUCGCGAUCUGACCCUCGUCGCAGCGGUCGCGACGGCAGCAUGCUACAUCCCAUCCAUCAGCCUGUACUGGAUCCGUGUGCUGGCGUGGGUGGCAUACGGCUACAUCCAAGGUCUGCUGUUCACCGGAGUUUGGAUCAUCGCUCAUGAGUGUGGCCAUGGUGCCCUCUUUGAUGACAGCAGGCUUGGCGACACGAUCGGAUUCGUGCUUCACAGCUUCCUCUUGGUGCCAUACUUCUCCUGGAAACACAGCCAUGCGAAACACCACCGUUACGCCAACCAUCUGGACAAGGACACGGCCUUUGUACCGCGCCGUGAGCAUGAGCCCAGCGUUUCCAAGUGGCUGCACGAGGCACUGCAUCUGUCUGAAGACACGCCAUUGGUGACUCUCAUCCUAUUGAUCGGUCAUCAGAUCCUCGGUUGGCCUAUCUAUCUCUUGAUGCAUGCCACUGCGGGAGUGAACAACUUCUCCGCAAAAGCCGACACGGCAUGGUCUCUCGAGUCUCACUUCCACCCAGGUUCGACAAUGUUUUCUGAAAGCCAGCGAAUGCAGAUUCUGCUAUCGGACCUUGGCUUGCUCGCGAUGGGUACGCUGCUGUGGCUGGCGGCCCAAAAUUUCGGCUGGCAAAUCCUGCUUCUCUACGGCGUCCCAUAUCUAUGGGUCAAUCAUUGGAUCGUUGCAAUCACAUUCUUGCACCAUAACCAUCCCGAAGCAAAACAUUUUGAGAAGACCGCAUGGACCUUCGCCGACGGCGCGUUGAACACGGUGGACCGCGACUUUGGUCUGGUCGGACGCAAGCUCUUCCAUGGCAUCAUUGAGUUUCAUGUGGUGCACCAUCUUUUUCCGCGUAUGCCAUUUUACCAUGCCGAGGAGGCUACUCAAGCAAUUGCAUCAGUGCUGGCGCCAGCUUACUUGCGCGAUACGACACCAUUCUACUGGGCGCUCUGGGACGCUUUCCGUUCAUUGGAUUUCGUUGCACCGUUGGAGGGCGCACCAGGUAUUCUCGUCUGGCAUGCGAAGUCGUGAACUGAUCCUACUGGUUUCGCGGUUCACUGAUGACUGGGGAGGUAGCAGGAGGCCAUGGAGGCACGUUUGUGCGAGCAGCGUUGUGGGUUGGGCACUGCCAGGAUGCUAGCCCUAUUGGGUCGCACUUUUCGCCGAUUGACAUCACGGGUUGCAGCCAUGAUGAUAUGGCCUCCGACAGAGGCUACGACCAUGUACGAGCUUCAGGCUCGGCAUGUGCAAGCUAAUAUGGGCUGAGGUUGCACAGAUAUUGUGGAGAGACACCUCAUGAUCUGUGAGUGGUGUGAGGUCUGCAGAGUGUGGCUGCAGAAUGUGGCUGAUCGGGCCGAACUUAGAUGCACCUCACCACGUGAUACCGUGGUGUACAGAUCGGAUGAUAGAUCUAUCUUCGGGGCGGCUCUACUUGCUUUAGAACUCGUGCGAGCCUGCAUCGGACAUUCGUCCGAGAUUCCAACAGUGAUCGUCUUCCAAAAACAAACCUGCC